GUGUGCCACCCGGACCGCGAUCGAUCCUUGGGACGAUACGAUCCAGAAACGCGAUGGACGGAACCACCCUCCUGCCACGGGCCAGAUAACGCCAGGAGGAACCCUCGCCGAUCCACGAGACGCGAGCGAGCCAGGAUUAAUCGUGGUCCCCGAGUGAGCCUCCAGCCAACCGUCGUCGUCGAGCAACGUCCACCGACGUAAAUCGAAUCCAGACACGCGACAAAGAUUCCGUGGCGAGUCUGGUCGGAGCGGCGCCGGCGUCGCGGGAAAUCGCGCGCGACAGCAUCCCAAGCUCGGUCUCGCGGCUAAGACGCAAGGAUGUGAUCGAGGAUUACCGGUGGGCCGCGUUCCCCUCGGUAAGGGAUGUUCUCCUCCGCGGGCACCAGCUGCACCGACGCCGAGGAGGACGCCGAGGAUGUGGAGAACGACGUGGCAGGUAUCGCGCAGCCGUCUAACUACUUGCCGUCGGGUACCCGUGACAAGGCGCGCGAUCACCUGGAAGGACUGCGGUUAGAUGGGUCAUCGAUCGCGCGUCCACCAGCCGACGACACAUCCGCGAGCCCAUCGACGUCGUGGUCGGUGCCCCGAUAGAUCAGGACCACCGUCCACCCGCGUAUCGAGCUCGUGGUCCGAUCGCGAAUCGAACCAACCCUGGACCGGCUCUCUGUCUCGACCUGGAGCGCGUCGCAGCGAGUCGCAGCUGCGAGCUGGACGAGUUCGAACACCGUUGGUCCCGCGACCGACUCGACCUCGGGGAGCUGACGUCGUCGCGCUCAGCUGACGACAGACGCCUUCAACCCCGUCCCACUUUACGAUUACGAUCAGGGAGCCCCCCGUCGUUCCAGGGACCUAUCUGUACUUAUCUCGACCGGAAAGGAGCCGCGUCACGGUUCAUCCAACGUUUCAAGAGGUACAGGCUGCAGGGUUCCAAGACGCUAGAGCGAACGGAGGAAAUUGAAGAGUUUUCCUGACCGGAGAGGAUUCCAGGACGGGCCACAGGGGACCUUGCCUCUUUUCGUCCGAAGAGUUGAAAAGUUUUCCCCCGAUCGCAGAGGACUCGUUUCGUCUGUUGGUCGUCACGCGAGAGGAUCAUCUGGACAAUCGGAGGACCGUGCCACGUUCGAACCGGUUCAACGCCGACGGGUGAUUCGAACGCUUCGCGAUGGUGAUCAACCCUCGAGUGAUGACAUUCAGUUAGUGUAGUGUGCGUCGUUGUGUUUGUCGCGUGCAGCCCAAAGAGAGAGAGAGAGAGAGAGGAAGAGAGUGUGCGUCGAUCGCGAGAGGAGCGGAUUGACAUGAGGCGUGGAAGACAGUCCGCGAUCGUCGUAGCCAGAGGCUGGCAGAGGUCCUGAUAGCCGCAGCGACCAGGAUCCGGGAUCAUCCAAGGGAGAAAGGAUGCCAGGGGGGCGCAGGGGCCUGGUCGCCCCGCAAAACACAUUCCUGGAGAACAUCAUACGACGGAGCAGCAGUCAACCUGACAGCAGUUUUCUCCUGGCGAACGCUCAGAUCGUCGACUUCCCUAUUGUCUAUUGCAACGAAAGCUUUUGCAAAAUCUCUGGCUAUAAUCGUGCCGAGGUUAUGCAAAAGUCCUGCCGCUGCGGAUUCAUGUACGGGGAGUUGACGGACAAAGAGACGAUCGCCAGGAUCGAGGAAUGCCUCGAGGGCCAGAUUCACGAUCAAUUCGAGAUCCUGCUGUACAAGAAGAACAGUGCCCCACGAGGUAUGUCUAGCACAGGUUCGCAAAAGAGUGCUCGAAAGACCCACCACGUGAACAAGAGACGACACACAUACAAGGAUCGUCGAACGAUCCCUGGACCAAAGGGCGGCCAUUUUCAGAGGACACUAUUCAACCUCCCGCCUUCUCUUGAUUUCAAAACACCACUAUGGCUGCUUCUGCAAAUAGCGCCGAUAAAAAACGAACGGGACCUGGUGGUCCUGUUCCUCCUCACAUUCCGGGACAUCACCGCCCUGAAGCAGCCGAUCGAGGCGGACGACACCAAAGGUGGCCUCUCGAAAUUCGCCAAGCUCGCCAGAUCGGUCACCAGGUCCAGGUCUGUUCUCGUCUCGCAGUUCAGCUCCCACCUGCCCGCCCUCAAGGAUACCGCGAUACCCACUACCGGGAAGCAGUCGCAUUUAGCUCACAUGAUGUCCUUAAGCGGCGACGUGAUGCCGCAAUACAGACAAGAGGCGCCCAAGACUCCGCCGCACAUUUUGUUACAUUACUGCGCGUUCAAGGCGAUCUGGGAUUGGAUCAUUUUGUGUUUGACCUUUUACACGGCCAUCAUGGUACCCUACAACGUCGCCUUCAAAAACAAGACCAGCGAGGACGUCUCCCUGUUGGUCGUCGACAGCAUCGUCGACGUCAUAUUCUUCAUCGACAUCGUCCUCAAUUUUCACACGACGUUCGUUGGUCCUGGCGGUGAAGUGGUGUCCGACCCAAAAGUGAUCAGGAUGAAUUACCUAAAGUCGUGGUUCAUCAUCGACCUCCUCAGCUGUCUUCCGUACGACGUGUUCAACGCGUUUGACCACGACGAGGAUGGAAUCGGCAGCCUGUUCUCAGCCCUGAAGGUGGUACGCCUGUUACGGCUGGGUCGCGUGGUUCGCAAACUAGACCGGUAUCUGGAGUAUGGAGCCGCGAUGCUCAUUCUUCUGCUCUGUUUCUACAUGUUGGUUGCUCACUGGCUGGCCUGUGUCUGGUACGUCACUUUAAGGUACUCGAUAGGAAGGUCGGACGCUGACAACGGGGUCCAGUAUUCCUGGCUGUGGAAGCUGGCGAACGUCACCCAGUCACCGUACAGCUACCUGUGGACCAAUACCAGCACAGCGCCGGAACUCGUGGCUGGCCCGUCCAGGAGAACCAUGUACGUCACCGCGUUAUACUUCACGAUGACCUGCAUGACCUCCGUGGGCUUUGGAAACGUCGCCGCGGAGACCGACAACGAAAAGAUCUUCACCAUCUGCAUGAUGAUCAUCGCUGCCCUGCUAUACGCUACGAUCUUUGGUCACGUCACCACGAUAAUCCAACAAAUGACAUCCGCCACCGCCAAGUACCACGACAUGCUGAACAACGUGAGGGAGUUCAUGAAGCUGCACGAGGUGCCGAAAGCCCUCAGCGAGCGGGUGAUGGACUACGUCGUGAGCACCUGGGCGAUGACCAAGGGCCUAGACACGGACAAAGUGCUCAACUACUGCCCCAAAGACAUGAAAGCGGACAUCUGUGUUCAUCUAAACAGAAAGGUCUUCAACGAACAUCCUGCGUUCAGGUUGGCCUCCGACGGUUGCCUGCGCGCGUUAGCAAUGCAUUUUACAAUGUCGCACAGCGCUCCCGGCGAUUUACUUUAUCACACCGGGGAAUCGAUCGAUUCCCUGUGCUUCAUCGUGACCGGAAGCCUCGAAGUCAUACAGGACGACGAGGUGGUGGCAAUCCUUGGUAAGGGUGACGUGUUCGGGGAUAGCUUCUGGACGAAUCCGUCCGUAGGCCAGAGCGCAGCCAACGUUCGAGCUCUCACCUACUGCGAUCUUCACACCAUCAAGAGGGAUCGACUGUUGGAGGUGCUGGAUUUUUAUCAAGCGUUCGCCAACUCCUUCGCCAGGAAUCUCGUCCUAACGUACAAUCUGAGCCAUCGGCUAAUAUUCCGGAAGGUGGCCGAUGUCCGUCGGGAAAAGGAGCUGGCCGAGAGGAGGAAAAACGAACCCCAGCUGGAUCAAGCGCAAGAUCACCUGGUGCGCAAAAUUUUUUCGAGGUUCAAGACCGACGGGGAACCCCAGAUUGGCGUAACCAGGGCCGCAAACGGACGGUCCCAGCAGGAUUCCGACGAGGAGCUCACCGUGAACGUCCUGCCGCCCUGGCCCAGUUUUAGGUUCCGUAGAGAGCGACACACUCCCGACGUGGAGAAGGGCGACGGGAAGGACGGCAAGGACGGCAAGGAAGGGGAGUCGUCGCAUUCUAGAAAACUCUCCACAACGGAGGAGACCACUGCCGCUAAACCACGACCGGGAAAGUGGGGACGACUGUUAGGUAGCGCGAGUCUGGACUCUGGGAGCGAAACGGGGACUGGUACGGAUACGUUCAAGAGGUCUUUGAGCGCGAGAGAUGCGCGGCCAGGUUCGAGCGCCGGCAGCAACAAGGUGUUUCCAAAGUUUGGCAAGCUGAGCGGUACCAUCGAAGAAGCCGGGGACACGGAAACCGCGAAGGAUAGCCAACAGCAGCAACAGCUGCAGCUGCAGCAGCAGCAACAGCAACAGCAACAGACGGCGGCGGCCGACUCGAAGCAGUUGCAGCUUCGACGGCUGGAGAGCUACGACGACGGGCUGAUCACCACGCAGCCGAGCCACGAUCGCGAGAUCCUGGCAGCGGUGCUGGAAGUGAAGGUGGACCUGAAAUUAGAGGUGCAACGCGUGAAUCAAAGACUAGCCAAGAUCGAGGACAUUCUCCAGACGCUGAUGAAUCGGUUGCCAGCGAUCAGUCCGGCCCAGCCAAAGGUCACGUUCGCGAGCGGUACCAACGGUUCCGCUUCGAGCCAGCCAGGUCAAGCGCAGACCUCGUCCAGUUGCCAGCAGGGUUCUCAAGCGACGCAAACGUCGAGUAGCAGCGGGGUUAACGUCGAGCAGAAGGUAACGAUAGCGACCGCAAGCGUGGCCACCAUGGUCAGCGACGGGUACAGGGAGCAAGGCACCAUCACGGAGCGAAUCUCGAAGCCUCAGGAGCCGCACCAUCACCAUCACCAUCAUCACCAUCAGUCGCAGCAGUCGGAGAGACUGAAGGACACCGAAUACAAGAGCUCGUCGAGAGAGGUGAGCAAGGAGCUUCUCGAGAGGCUCGCGCAGGCGUCCACGUCCCGCGGUGACGACUCCACACCGUUGGGCCCGUUGAUACUCAGAAAACGAAGGAGCAAGUCGCGGAACAAGGGCGCCGCGCCGCUGGCGCCGUUAGCCACGCAGCCCAUCAGCCCGUCCGAGGCCACGGAGACCACGCAGAUGCUCGAGUGCACCGACGACAGGGAGCCCAGCACCGCGGACAGGUCCGACAGAAAGAGACCACCGCCUAGACCCAGAGAGUACUUGUGAAAGUUCUUGCGGCUCCGGCCGGUUGUCUCGAGGCUCCUGCUCUGAGGAAAACACAUGGCGGAACAACGAACCAGUCUUGGACUUGCCCCGCCGCGCCGUUAGGCUUCGGGGUAUCGCUCGUCCAGGCUCCUAGUCCGCGGUCAACGCUGGAACAACGAACGAAGCCUUGGCAUUGGAAUCGUCUUGGAAGAAAGGCAAGUGUUUGCCUUUCGAACCAGUCGCAGGUACAAUGAAGUACCUCGGCAGUUUUGGAACAGACGAUACGCAAUUCGAGCAAACGUUCCAGAGGGGUGCAGCUUCGAAUCCAUGGCACGCGAUAAACAACCUAGUACCUCGGCGUUUUUGGUAAAGGUCACGGGCUUUUACGAACGCCACGGCAAGGGUGUACAAGGAAACGACCCCAGCACCUGUUUGGCGGUACAUAAACGGAGGAACGGCCGAGUACCUUGGCUUUUUUGGAAGAUUACAUUCGUUCCGAGGAACGCGGAGAAUACACAGAGGAGCGAAUCCAAGUUCCUACUUUGCCGUAAACUACUUGGCGAAACGACGGAGCGCUUUAGCGGUUUCGGAAGAACGCACUCGGCCCGAGGAACGCCGCGGAGAAGUUUGCAUUGGAAGGACGUAGGGGAAGUGGUCAAAGGCUGUACGGUGGAGGAUGGCGCGCGCUACCGCUCAACAAUUUUUAACGGCAAUUUUACAAAGCUUUGGCAUUCUAGUUACGGACGAUCUUCCGAUUUUACAGCGUGUUUUCGUAUCGCUGUUCCAUUCGUCCCGCGAGACGUCGACCGGGCUUGGAUCGGACGAGAACGACCGCGACGUUCGGUUUCCGUCGCGUAACCUCCGUGACGUUCGGUUAGUACGUGCACCAAGUCCGUGAAGCACCGGGUUGGCUGAUCGUAUCAGACUUUUCGGCGGUUGGCACGGAUUCACCGAAAGGAGAAACUCCCAGCGUUCGAGAUCUUUGGUAGCACGGGGAAGGAACGAAGGUUGCAUCCUUCGAACGGUGUUCUUCGAGUGUUCGAGCCAGCCAGCGCGGCAAACUCUUUCAACGAAGCGACGAAAAUUCUUCACCCCACCCCCUUCCUUCCUCCGCCUAUUCCUCUCGAGAGAAAAAAAUCGAUUAACCGUAAAUAACUGUAAUUUCACCGCCGUACGUUUUAAGAACGCUGCGCAUUUCCGCUAAACCCGCUUCGCGAAAUCUUCUGCGAGCUUUUACCGAAAGUCGUCGGUAUACACGCGCGAAACGAACCCGGGACGGAGAAAAGUACUAGUACAAUUUAAAGAAAUUCUGUCGAAAUGUAAAAAGAAAACCACAAAAAAAAACAAAAUACGAAAA